AACAAAAGCUGCAGCUCCGGGAGCCUGGCAGCGUCUGAAACCGAGCGUGGGAGAAUGGAGUUCUUUUGGACCGGCACUUGGAUUCUGAUGUUGGUGCUCCACAGCAGCCCGAUUCAGGCUUUCCCCAAACCGGGAGGCGGCCAAGACAAAUCUUUACAUAAUAGAGAAUUAAGUGCAGAAAGACCUUUGAAUGAACAGAUUGCUGAAGCAGAAGCAGACAAGAUGAUGAAAACAACCCCCCCAGAAAACAAGCCAGGUGAAAGCAAUUAUUCUUUUGUCGAUAAUUUGAACCUACUAAAAGCAAUAACGGAAAAGGGAAAAGAUGAGCAGGAAAGGCAAUCCAUAAGAAGUUCCCCACUUGAUAAUAAACUGAAUGUGGAAGAUGUUGAUUCAACCAAGAAUCGAAGACUGAUUGAUGAUUAUGAUUCUACUAAGAGUGGAUUGGACCAGAAAUUUCAAGACAAAGACGAUCCAGAUGGCCUUCAUCAACUGGACGGCACCCCUUUAACUGCCGAAGACAUUGUCCACAAAAUCGCCACCAGGAUUUAUGAGGAAAAUGACAGAGGAGUGUUUGACAAGAUUGUUUCCAAACUACUCAAUCUUGGCCUUAUCACAGAAAGCCAGGCCCACACAUUGGAAGAUGAAGUGGCAGAGGCUUUGCAGCAAUUAAUUUCAAAGGAAGCCAAUAGUUAUGAGCAGGAGCUCAAUAAACCCACAAGCAGAACUGAGAAUGAGGCUGGAAAAAUAUCGGAGAAAGUGACUCCAAUAGCAGCAGUUCAAGAUGAUUUGACUAAUGGGGAAAAUGAUGAAACGGUAUCUAACACCUUAACCUUGACGAAUGGCUUGGAAAGAAGGACUAAAGCCUACAGUGAAGACAACUUUGAGGAGCUCCAGUAUUUCCCCAACUUCUAUGCACUACUGAAAAGUAUUGAUUCAGAAAAGGAGGCGAAAGAGAAAGAAACACUGAUUACUAUCAUGAAAACACUGAUUGAUUUUGUGAAGAUGAUGGUCAAAUAUGGCACAAUAUCUCCGGAAGAGGGCGUGUCCUAUCUUGAAAACUUGGAUGAGAUGAUUGCCCUUCAGACAAAGAAUAAGCUGGAGAAAAAUGCGACCGACAACAAAAGCAAGCUUUUCCCUGCCCCGUCCGAGAAGAGUCAUGAGGAAACCGACAGCACCAAAGAAGAAGCUGCCAAGAUGGAAAAGGAAUAUGGAACCUUAAAGGAUUCCACCAAGGAAGACAGCUCCAACCUGGGAGGAAAGGCAGAUGAACCGAAAGGCAAAACAGAAGCCUAUUUGGAAGCCAUCAGAAAAAAUAUUGAGUGGCUGAAGAAACACGAGAAAAAAGGAAAUAAAGAAGAUUAUGACCUUUCCAAGAUGAGGGACUUCAUCAGCCACCAAGCCGACGCGUAUGUGGAGAAAGGCAUCCUUGACCAGGAAGAAGCCAAGGCCAUCAAGCGCAUUUACAGCAGCCUGUAGAGGUGGUGAAAGCCCCGGGUUUCUGUCAACUGUUUGAGAAAACACAGCAGAGCUGAAGACACUCCUAACUCAUGAUUCAAGUUUCUUUGACCCAAGAAAUAUUAGAAAGUGCUGAAUUUACCAUAGUUAACCUAUUCUUAAAAUGGUUAAUAUGUAGCUUUCUUGCCAUUAAAUCUAUCUGAGAAGUAAAGUUGUAUGUAAGCU